AUGAUCGGCAAAGCGCGCCUCUGGUGUGCCCUCCUUGCUUUCUUGACUCUCCCGACUUUGGUCGCUUCGCUGGCGUUCCCACGCAGAGCGCUGCCUUCGCCGGCCUCUCCGGCUACCGCCGUGCCUGGUCUAACGCCCGAUAAGGACUCGUUCUACAACCCACCCCCGGGCUGGCAACACAAGAAGCCGGGUGACAUCCUGGCUUGGCGUGAGAUCAAGCCCAAGUUCCUCUUUACCGAUUUCAAGGUGGAGAAGGCGUACCAAGUCAUGUACCGCACCAGCCAAAACACCGCGGAUGAGCCACAAUACACAGUGACGACCAUCCUUGUGCCGUUCAAUGCGAAGAAGGACAAGCUCAUGGUCGGCUCGGAGGCUGUGGAUGCGUGUGGUGUGCAGUGUACUCCGUCGUAUGGCUACCUGGGUGGUGCCAUUACGCAGGACAGUGGAGGCUUCCAGCUGGACGAGGCUGAAUUCCUACCGUUCCUCCGCAAGGGAUACAUCAUGACGGUGCCGGACAAAGAAGGCCCGCUCCUUGCGUUCGCUGCUGGCCGCAUGGAGGGAUACAUGACGCUGGACAGUGCUCGUGCGACCAUCAACUUUGAGCCGCUCGGCCUGUCGAAGGACACGAAGAUCGGCAUGUACGGCUACUCGGGAGGCGCACUUACGCUCGGCUGGGCAGCUGGUCUGCACCCCGUGUAUGCGCCGGAGCUGAACAUUGUUGGUAUGACGUUUGGUGGCACGCCGGCGAACCUCUCUGGCACCAUUGAGUAUGCGUCGGGUACGACCUUUGCUGGCUUUAUCGUUGCUGGUAUUACUGGUAUUAUCAACGCGUACCCUAAGGCGAAGAAGUAUGUCGACAGCGUGCUGCUGCCCAAGGGUCGUGAAGCGAUCGAGUAUGCGCAAAACAACUGCUGGGUGCAGGUCAUCCUCAAGUACAUGAACGCAGACAUCAACGACGAGGGCUGGACGACCAAGGGCGCUGCCGUGUUCCGGGACCCCAUCGUGCAGGAGAUCUUUGACGAGUCGAUCAUGGGUGCGAAGAAGGAGGAGACGCCGACAGCGCCGCUGUUCAUCUACCACGCCGAACACGACGAGAUCAUCCCGGUGCGCGACAUUGAGAAGACCGUGGAUGCGUGGUGUGCGAACGGUGCGAACAUCAAGUACACCAACUACAACAACGGGAUCCUUGACCACGAGACGCUCGAGGUGCUGGGUAUUGGCAAGGCCGUGCAGUUCAUCGAUGCCCAGAUGGACGGCAACUCGCUGGCGCCAGGCUGCCAGAAGACCACGUCGAACUCGGUCGCGUUCGAGCCAGGUGUGCUGGGAUCCGACUUGGAGGACGUGAUGAACCUGAUUUGGACUGUGUUUGGCCAGACGGUGGGCCCCAAGGGCCGAGUCCUCAAGCAGAAGGCUGCGGCGGGUCACGAUUCGUAG